AUGCCAAAAUUAAAAAAGGGUUUUACAUUUGCGAAAAAUAGCAAAAAUUUCAAAACAGCGAAAGAUAAUAAUGAAGAAUAUAAUUCUUCUGAUAAUGAAGAUUUAGAUAUGAGAUUUGAAUGGGAAGAUAGAUAUUUUGAUAAAGAAGAAAGUUUAUUUUAA